CCUCACCUGGGCAGGGACAGGGACUUUGCCUUCGUGGCGGGAGAUAAGGACACCUGUGUGCUCAAGUGUCACGUCUUUCGCUGCGAUGCUCCAGCCAAGGCCAUCGCCACAGCUCUGCACCAGAUGUGCUCCAAGAUGAUGUCAGAGAAGGCGCUGAUGAGGCCAUCUCGCUCUCUGACCAUGGAGAGUAUCUCACCUGAAGAUCUGCCCAGACAAGUUGAGUUUCUGGACGCUGUGCAGCAGCAGGUCCAGAAGUUUGACGUCCAGUACAUUGGAAACCUGCCGGUGUCCAGAGCCAUGGGUAUGGAGGUGUUGAACAGGGCGAUCGAGAGCAUCAUGAACUCCACAGACAGAGACGACUGGGAACCGACAGUGAUCCACGUCACUGACAACGUCCUGUCGCUGUGGAGGGGCGAGGAGGGGGAGGAGCCAGUCUGGGAGUGUCAAGUUCGCUUCCUUACUUUUCUGGGCGUUGGCCAUGACAGCCACACCUUUGCUGUGAUCGUGGACGGUGGCACGCAGCGAUUCGAGUGUCACGUGUUCUGGUGUGAACCGGAUGCAGGAAUCAUCUCUGAGGCUGUUCAGGCUGCGUGUAUGGUCCAGUAUCAGAAGUGUCUUGUGGCUCAGACUCCUCCUCCAAGGUCCAAGUCGUGGCGUGCAAACCCAUCAAAGGUCAAACGGGCCAACUCCAUGGACGGCGCCGCCUUUGCUCCUCUCACAUCCAGAUACCAUAGCAGCAGCAGCAGCUCCACCAUGAUGACACAGAGGAUAACGAAGGGCAACGGCAGCGUGAGGAAGGGGAUGAUGGCAUUUUUUGAAACAUUUCGCAACAAACAGACCGCCACGUUCUAAGGACAGGGGUAGGACCGUCAGAGCCAGAGGUGUGUGUCUGCCAGGACACUGAUGGUGAGGAAACGAUCAGCAACGACACCUGAUUGGCUGAAGUCAUGGCUCUGGUGGUCCAACUGGCUGAUUUUUUGCCUUCACAUCACCAGUGAUGCUGACGCUUGCCACAGUCGCUUGUCUCCAGGUGAUUGGACCUGAAACGUACGUGUCUGAACUUUCUCACCUGUCGCUGGAGCACAAUCAAACCUGCAGGUACGAACAGCAGGAGCGUCAGGUGACCAGGAUGUGGAUCAGACCAGGAAACAUCAACACGACGACCACCAACAUCACGUGAUCAAAACUGCGACUCAGGAUCAUGUGACCUUCAUUAAACAUUUAAACUGAAACAUGACACAGCGGCUGUGUCCGAAAUCACUCACCGAACUGUCCGAAUGUGUAGUGACAUUUUUUAUUCCCUAUAUAGUACACUCAUUAUUUCCCAUAAUGCAUCAUGAAAAAUAGCAAUAUCUACAAUCAUGCAUUGCACUCGUGGUGGAGGGGGUGAAAUGGGAUUGGGCCAACAUGGUUCACUGAAAAAUCUCUCAUCAUCUCCUCAGCACUAUGAUGGGGGGGUAAACAGAAUCAAAUACAACUAAAGUAACUGGUGACAAAAACAACACGCCUCCAUCCUGCUCCUGUGAUGUCAUCACCACAAGCCCCGACAUUCAAAUUCAACUUGAAUUUCAAACGAAGUUAUUUACAUCAAGUUUUAAGCCUAAAAAGUCCAAUACCUGAAGUGGCAACGCUAACGGACACGUGCCCUUUAGCAAGAGUGUGUGCGGUUUCCCGGUGUGCCCUGCGUGAACGCAGCUCCGAGGAGAUCACAGAGGACAUUUAGGCCUGAAACUUGGUGUAAAUGACCUCGUUUGUAGUUCAGGGUAAAUGUCGGGGCUUGUGGACACUUGAUGACAUCACAGGAGCAGAUAUGGAGACGUGAUGUUUUUCUGUUGAUUCAUUACGUCUGAAGAAUCUGUUGUCGGGUUAGUGAAUGACUGGGUGAUUUCAGACACAGCAUUAAACCUAGAAACGUGACCCUGGACGUUAGCGUGACCCUGGAUGUUAGCGUGACCCUGGCGUUAGGGUGACCCUGGA